CGAGAGGCGCGGAGAGGAGAGGAGCGGAGCGGAGCUGGGCAGAGCGGACUCCCCCUCCUCCUUCUCCUGCGGCUCUCUCCUUCCUGCCGAGCCGGGGAGGAGCAGGAGGGGAGGGGAAGGGGCCCGGCCGUGCACGGGGUGGGCUGCCCGCCGCACACAGCCGCCUGGCAGGGGCAGCGCCGGCAGCGCCCGGCUUAGCGCAGCCUCGCCAUGUCCGGCAAGGGCAGGCGGGGCAAGGAGCAGGGGCGAGUGACCUUCCCCCAGCAGGGGGACGAGGAGGGCGCCGAGGAAGAGGAGCAGCAGCAGCGCCGCCGCCGGGGCUGGAGAGGCGUCAAUGGGGGGCUGGAGCCGGCGCAGCUGCAGCCGCCGCGGGCGGUGAAAACCCAGCGGGAGCCCUACGGCUGCUACCCGCCGUCGCCCCUGCCCUGCACUGGAUAUGUUGAAGGAAGUCCAUCUCUAAGGCGUAUGACAAUGAUGAGAGAGAAGGGAAGGCGGCAAGCUAUUAGAGGCCCAGCUUUCAUGUUCAACAACAGGGGUACAAGCCUUACUGCUGAAGAAGAGCGUUUUUUGGAUGCAGCAGAGUAUGGGAACAUUCCUGUAGUGCGCAAAAUGUUGGAGGAGUCAAAAACACUGAAUGUCAACUGUGUUGACUACAUGGGCCAAAAUGCCUUGCAGCUUGCUGUGGGUAAUGAGCAUUUGGAAGUGACAGAACUUCUAUUAAAAAAAGAGAACUUGGCACGAAUUGGAGAUGCCUUGCUGCUUGCAAUCAGCAAGGGGUAUAUCAGGAUAGUAGAAGCAAUUUUGAAUCAUCCUGGUUUUGCAGCAAAUAAGCGACUGACUCUAAGCCCCUGUGAGCAGGAGCUCCAGGACGAUGAUUUUUAUUCCUAUGAUGAAGAUGGCACCCGCUUUUCUCCUGAUAUCACCCCAAUCAUUUUAGCUGCUCACUGCCAGAAAUACGAGGUUGUACACAUGUUGUUACUGAAAGGAGCAAGGAUAGAGAGACCUCAUGACUAUUUCUGCAAAUGCAAUGACUGCACUGAAAAGCAAAAGCAUGAUUCUUUUAGUCACUCCAGGUCAAGGAUAAAUGCCUAUAAAGGGUUGGCUAGUCCUGCCUACCUGUCCCUCUCCAGUGAAGAUCCAGUUCUCACUGCUCUAGAACUCAGCAAUGAGCUUGCUAAGUUGGCCAACAUUGAAAAAGAAUUCAAGAAUGAUUAUCGCAAGCUGUCUAUGCAAUGCAAAGAUUUUGUGGUUGGUGUCCUUGAUCUCUGCCGUGACUCUGAAGAGGUAGAGGCCAUAUUAAAUGGGGACUUGAAUUCUGAGCCAGUUGAAGUGCAGAGGCAUCGAGCUUCGCUGAGUCGUGUAAAACUAGCCAUUAAGUAUGAAGUAAAAAAGUUUGUGGCCCAUCCAAACUGUCAGCAACAGCUGUUGACUAUCUGGUAUGAAAAUCUCUCAGGAUUACGGGAACAGACCAUAGCUAUCAAGUGUCUAGUUGUGCUGGUUGUUGCUUUGGGCCUUCCGCUUCUUGCCAUUGGUUAUUGGAUUGCACCAUGUAGCAGGCUUGGAAAAAUUCUCCGAAGUCCAUUUAUGAAAUUUGUGGCACAUGCUGCAUCCUUCAUUAUUUUCCUGGGCCUGUUGGUGUUCAAUGCCUCAGACAGAUUUGAAGGCAUAACAACGCUACCAAAUGUCACUGUUACUGAUUACCCUAAACAGAUCUUUAGGGUCAAGACUACCCAGUUCACCUGGACAGAGAUGCUGAUCAUGAUAUGGGUACUUGGUAUGAUGUGGUCAGAAUGCAAAGAGCUCUGGCUAGAGGGACCCAGGGAAUAUAUAUUGCAGUUAUGGAAUGUUUUGGAUUUUGGGAUGUUGUCCAUUUUCAUUGCUGCUUUCACAGCCAGGCUUCUAGCUUUUUUGCAGGCCACAAAAGCACAGCAAUACGUGGACAGUUACAUUGAGGAGAGUGAUCUCUCUGUGGUCACACUUCCACCAGAAAUAGAAUAUUUUACUUAUGCCAGAGACAAAUGGCUCCCGUCUGAUCCACAGAUAAUAUCUGAAGGCCUUUACGCCAUAGCUGUCGUGCUGAGUUUCUCUCGGAUUGCAUAUAUCCUGCCUGCAAAUGAGAGUUUUGGGCCCUUGCAGAUUUCACUUGGAAGGACUGUAAAGGACAUUUUCAAGUUUAUGGUCCUUUUCAUUAUGGUAUUUCUUGCAUUUAUGAUCGGGAUGUUUAUACUGUACUCCUACUAUCUUGGAGCUAAAGUAAACCCUGCUUUUACAACAGUUGAAGAAAGUUUCAAGACUUUGUUUUGGUCGAUAUUUGGUUUGUCUGAAGUGACUUCAGUUGUCCUUAAAUAUGAUCAUAAAUUCAUUGAGAAUAUUGGCUAUGUUUUGUAUGGCAUAUACAACGUAACAAUGGUUGUAGUUCUGCUCAACAUGUUGAUUGCUAUGAUCAACAGCUCAUACCAAGAAAUUGAGGAUGACAGUGAUGUGGAGUGGAAAUUUGCUCGCUCUAAACUCUGGUUAUCUUACUUUGAUGAUGGAAAAACAUUACCCCCUCCAUUCAGUCUUGUACCAAGCCCAAAGUCUUUCGUCUAUUUCAUCAUGAGAAUCAUUAACUUUUCUAAGUGCAGAAGGAGAAGGUUGCAGAAAGAUAUCGAAAUGGGAAUAGGUAACUCCAAGUCUAGGUUAAACCUCUUCACUCAGUCUAACUCAAGGGUUUUCGAAUCACACAGUUUUAACAGCAUUCUCAAUCAGCCAACACGCUAUCAGCAAAUCAUGAAAAGACUUAUAAAACGUUAUGUUUUGAAAGCACAAGUGGACAAAGAAAAUGAUGAAGUAAAUGAAGGUGAACUAAAGGAAAUCAAACAAGAUAUCUCCAGUCUUCGCUAUGAACUUUUGGAGGACAAGUCCCAAGCAACAGAAGAACUUGCAAUCCUAAUACAUAAACUCAGUGAGAAACUAAACCCCAAUAUGUUGAGAUGUGAAUGAUUCUAGAAAUGAUCCUUGGCUUCAACUACAGCACAACUGUUUAUUGGCAAUAAUAUUUCUGAGUAUCUUAUACUUGAAAAAUAUAUUGUAGAUUUUUAGCACUAAAUAACUUUAUGUAGAGCUUCUUUGAAAUUUAACCUUAGGAAAUUUUAUUAAUUUACCACACAAAAAUACUCUGUUCAUUUUAAAUGUACUGAAAUGUAAGAACUCUCAUGACAUUGUUUGCAUUUAUUCAGCAGGAGAGUACAAAUGUAUCUGAAGAAUUAUUUCAUUGCUGUAUUUCAACAGUUUUAUGAACAAACUUUGAAAAUUAUUUGCACUUUACAAUUUGCAAAAACAAAACAAAGAAACAUAAAUAAAAUCUACAGAAUGCACUGCAUAGUACGCUAUUCCCUGAAACAACUGGUAUGAGCAAGAUAUACUAUACAAGGAAUAACCAGGUGGGCCAUGGUAAAGGAUUGCUCAAAUGUCUUUUAUCAAUGCUAAGAGUUAUAGUUGAAGAAUAGGCACUUGAAAGUUUAAAAAUAGAUAUCAAAGUCUGAAUAUAAUUUUAACAACACUGUUUAACAUACAAAUACUGUAGUUUGUUUCAUAAUAUGGCAGACUGUUUGCUUUCAAUGCUGGGGCCUAGAGAUCCUUUUUUUAAACAAAGCAACUUUUGAAUGUAAUGUGAACUGUCAAAAGCUACACUUUCAUGUGGUAGAGAUGAUUUUUUUAAAUUCAGAUUCUAUGCAGAGCUGGUAUUUUGUUACACUGUUCUAAAUGAUGCCUCUGAUGCUUACUUGUUAAAUAAAAAAAUUCAUAUUUAAAUGAC